AUCCGGUGUAACCGAAAGUAACCGAAAGAAAAGUUGAUUACUAUAUUGCUACUACUGACAACUAUAGUUGUUAGUGCGUCGGCGCACGGUCCGGAGCUCCGAUACACGGACAGAAAAGUGAAGAAGAGUAAAGAUGAAGAUGUUGCUGGUGUCUGUGAUCCUUGUGCUUGUUACCCAGCAUGCCUCCGGAGGGAAGACCAUUGAUGGGAUUGAGGGGGAGGAGUCUGUUGUUUUGCCCUGUGAGGCUCCUCCUUUUACUGGUGAAUAUGUGUUAUGGAGCCGCGAGGAUCUCGAUCCCACCACUGUUCAUCUACGUCAAAAAAACAAAACUGAUGCAGAGAAAGAUGAGUUUAAAGAUCAAAACCCGUCCUACAGAACCCGCACAGAGCUGCAGAGGGACGCUUUGAAAACUGGAAAUGUCAACCUCACUCUGAAAAACCUUCGCCUGUCAGACAGAGGCAACUACAUCUGUGAGGUCCUGAAGGAUGGAAAGAGACACGAGACACACGUAUACCUGCAAGUCUUCAGCAAGGAAACACAGGACAGCCUUACUCAAGUUGAACUACAACGACAACAUAGAAAAGACACAUUGAUCGGUGUCUUCUCUGCCAUUGUGGUGCUGAUGAUUAUCUGUUCUGUUGGUCUGUUCCUGUUCCUGUAUCGUUGUGGAUACAUCAACUUCAACAAAGUCCCCCAGGUUGAGGUGGAUUCAGGGAUGAAGUCUGUCCUGCUGCCCUGCAAAACCUCAGUUCACCUGCCUAAGGACGGCACAGUGGAGUGGACGGACAAAGGCAACUGGAAGGUCCAUGUGUAUCCGAACAGCUCCGAUCAGCCUGAAGAACAGCACCAGGAUUACAUAGACCGAACAGAGAUGAAGAAAGAUCUGACAACUGGAGACUUCAGUCUGACCCUGAAAUUCCCCACAGACACAGACAAUGAAACCUACACCUGCACCGUCUACAACAAGGAGAGAAAGAUCCUGAUGAAGAAACAAGUGGAGCUCAGGGUCAAAGUCCCCCAGGUGGAUGUAGAUCCAGGGGUGGAGUAUGUCCUGCUGCCCUGCAAAACCUCAGUUCACCUGACUGAGGACGACACAGUGGAGUGGACGGACAAAGGCAACUGGAAGGUCCAUGUGUAUCCGAACAGCUCUGAUCAGCCUGAAGAACAGCACCAGGAUUACAUAGACCGAACAGAGAUGAAGAAAGAUCUGACAACUGGAGACUUCAGUCUGACCCUAAAAUCCCCCACAGACAGAGACAGCAAGACCUACACCUGCACCGUCUACAACAAGGACAGAAAGAUCCUGAUGAAGAAACAAGUGGAGCUCAGGGUCAAAGUCUACCAGGUGGAGGUGGAGUCAGGGGUGGAGUAUGUCCUGCUGCCCUGCAAAACCUCAGUUCACCUGACUGAGGACGACACAGUGGAGUGGACGGACAGAUGCAACUGGAAGGUCCAUGUGUAUCUGAACAGCUCUGAUCAGCCUGAAGAACAGCACCUGUAUUACAAAGACCGAACAGAGAUGAAGGAAGAUCUGAAACUUGGAGACUUCAGUCUGACCCUAAAAUCCCCCACAGACAGAGACAGCAAGACCUACACCUGCACCGUCUACAAGAAGGAGAGAAAGAUCCUGAUGAAGAAACAAGUGAAGCUCAAGCUCAAAGACUGUCAGGUGGAGGUGAAGGAGGGGGCGAAGUUUGUCCAACUGCCCUUCCAGACCACAGCUAACCUGCCCGAGGAUGCUACAGUGGAGUGGAGACACAUUGAACCCAAAUACAUGAAGGUCCAUGUGUAUCAGAAGGGUUCUGUCCAGCGUGAAAGACAGGACCAGGAUUACAAAGACCGAACUGAGAUGAAUAAAGACUCGCUGAAGACUGGAGACCUCAGUCUGACUCUGAUAUCCCCCACAGAGAGAGACACAGGAACAUACAACUGCAUCGUCUAUAACAAGGGAAACAGCCUGAGACAGAAAACAUUCCGGCUCACAGUCAGAGUUCAGAAUGAGAAUAGAUUUCAAAGGUCAGGGGUCUCUAUGUCUGUCUCCUCUACAGAGGGAACCAGUAACAGAGGCAAUGAGAUUAUUCCUCUGAUGACUGUUCAAUCUGCCUGAUGGAUCAAUCUUUGAUUAUUGGACAACGUGUGAAGACCAGCCAACCAGUAGCAGCCAUAUAUGAUUCGAGCCUUUUAAUUGAUCCUAAACCUAAACUAAAUUAUAAUUCAUUUGAAAGCCUUGUUCUUAGUCUUUCUCACCCGACCUGGAAAACAUUGCAGCCAGUUCUGUUUGUUAUUGUACCACGCUCUUGGCCCGUACUGAAUUCUCAGAGUUUUUAUCAAGUUUAGUCCUUAAAUCAGACAAAGGACCUGUGAGAGUGCAGUCGGAGAGACUCCCUCACGAGGGAAAACACAUCGGUCAGGUUUAUUUGUUGGACCUUUUUGAACCGUUGACCUACCUGGAAGUCGGAGCCUGGAUCGAGACAUUGAUGGUGAGCCACAGCCCAGAGGAGAACUAAACUUCAUUACACACACACAGACACACACACACACACACACACACACACACACACAGACCACCAACUGACCAAAUGUGCGGUAGGACAAACUCUCUCCACUUCCUCAGUGGAGGGGGGAGGGGGAUUUUGAACUUUAACUCACAGCUGUGAAUUUUUUUUACAUUUUAUAUUUUUCUAUAUACCAGGGUAAGAUUUGUGUCAGAGUGUGCAUUUCCAUGUGUUUGGUUUGUCCUUCCCAUCCUUGUAUUAAAAGGGAAGUGUUUUUGUUUCUCAAAGAAA